GCAAGCACAACACCAAACAGUCGACUUUUAGCCUUCGCAAAGAAAGAUACAGUUUCAUUUUUGAGCUAUCGUGGAAAAAUGCGCGUUUAAAAUUCAAUUUGUUUGAAAUUUUUUCAUUUAUACCAACAACAGACAACAAUACACAAAAAAUUCUAAAAUGGCCAAUGCACCAGGUAGCAAACUACAUCUCGAAUCCCUCGACAGAAUCGUGAGUAUCCCAUUGGUAGAGACGAGCUUUAAACGCAUCGAGACUAUAUACGGUAAAGUCAAAAACAAUAACCGUAUCUUUAAUUGGUACUUUGAAACCGCCGAGUCGACCAUCUUCGCCGCCUAUGAAUCAGUGCAGCCUGCAGUCAAACUCUUCGAAGCGCCCCUAAAGCAACUAGAUGGCGUUAUGUGCAAAAGUUUGGACUUGUUGGAACAGCGCAUACCAUUAGUAUAUCUGCCACCUGAAAUGAUGUAUUGGAAUACAAAGGAGUACAUGUCCGAUCAUCUGGUGCGGCCGGUGCUUAAACGCGCCGACUCCGUCAAACAUAUCGGCAACACUGUGUUGGAGAGCCCACUGACCACCUACGCAGCACAACGACUGGAUGAAGCCUUUACGGUGGGUGACAAAUUCGUGGAUAAAUACUUGGUGCCGAUACCAGGUGAUCAAGAUCAAGUGGAUGCUGUAGUUGAUGAUGACAACAAUGCUGGCGCUGCGAAUGAGAAGGGCGCCAUCAAGGCGAUUCAUCACGGUCAACGUUUCUCACGCAAGCUCAAACGUCGUCUGACUCAACGCACACUAGCCGAAGCACGAGCAUUAAAAAAACAAAGCAAGGAAGCAAUUAACAUACUUAUCUAUGCAGCAGAAUUGAUUGCAACUGACCCGAAAAUGGCUCUACAAAAAGCCAAAGAUCUGUGGGAGUAUCUCAGUGAAGAUGAGCCAGAGAACCAGGCACGACCAAUCAGUUUGGAACAACUGAUUGUCCUCUUGACACGUGAGUCGGCGCGACGCCUCGUGCAUCUGGUGAAUUUUAGCGCACAUAUCGCUGCAAACAUACCAAAAACAGUCUCUCACACCACCACCGAGGUCGUUCAUCACAUAAUCUACUUUAAUAAUCGCAUUAUUAGCAUUACAAAAUUGGAUAAAGUUAAGAAUAUGUCCAAAGAAGAAGCUGAAUCUCUAAUUAAGCGCGCCUUGGCGUUUUAUGGAAGCCUUCAAAUCAUCAGUAACGCCUAUUUGGAACGUUUGGCCACUUUUCUCUCGGGCCGCAUAGAGGCGGAAAAGGUUACUGUCACCGCCGUCUCGUCUACAUCAUCAUCAUCCAGCGCAAGACGACGAAUCGAACCGCAGGACAAUAAUGUUCCUGCUCCACAUAUAAAUGGCGUCUACUGAGAAAUAGAAUUUUUUAUUGCUGUCGCAUUUUUAUUUCUAAUCAUCGAGUUUUAUUUUUGCUUUCACAUUCGUACUAAUACUUAAGAAGGAAAAAAGAGAAGGCACUAUUUAGUAUUGUCCAAAACGUUCAAAGUCAGAGGGAAAUUACCUACUUAUCGGCACUACUUUCUCCACUAUAUUGUUACGGCUCUUCUUUCCCUUACAAUUUUCAUUAUUUUUUAAAUAUACUGACUACACAUAUUUCUUUUAAGAA